AUGGAGGCGGUUCCUAAAAUAAUCCGGCCUGGAGCAAAUGUAACUAUUGGAGUUGGGCUGUUGAAGGAAAGCCUUUCAAGUGUUAUAAUAAAAGCGCAAGUGCUCUUGGCAAAUAACUUUGUAUUACAAGGAGAAGCUGUCUUUCAAAGAGAUUCCUUUGGGACACUGGUCCUUCAAGCUCUCCCGUUGGGCAGUGCUGAAGCCUAUUAUGAGUUAUUAGUGAAUGGAUAUUCAAAAGGACAACUGCUGUUUUCUAAUCAUACUUCACUGUCGUUUGCAAGCAAAAGUUUUUCAGUCUUCAUCCAGACUGACAAGGCAACUUACAAACCAGGACAAGAUGUGAAAAUACGGGUUGUUACUCUGCAUCCUGACCUCACGCCAUACAGUACUCCUGUAAAUAUAUACAUUCAGGAUCCUCAGCGAAAUUUGAUUCAGCAAUGGCUGACGCAGAAUGGAAAACUGGGCAAGAUUGCUAAGCAGUUCAAAUUAUCCAAAUAUCCUCUCUUGGGUGUUUGGUCUGUAGAAGUUCAAGUAAAUAAUCAAGCCUAUUAUCAGUCAUUUACUGUAGAGAUAUGGGUGUUGCCAAAGUUUGAAGUCUCUUUAACAACACUUAAGUAUUAUUCUAUGCAAAGUAGUUUGAAUGGCACUAUCACAGCAAAGUACACAUAUGGAAAACCAAUGAAAGGAAAGGUCACUAUUGAUUUCUUCACAUUGUUUCGAGCACAGAAGACAAAGAUAACUAAAAUAUUGGAGAUUAAUGGUUCUUUGAACUUUACGCUGGAGAGUCCAGAGAUAAAAGAUAUAAAUUUCAGAGAUGAGGGUAUGUUGUGCCCAGCACCUAUAGAAAUUAUAGCUGUUGUUACAGAAUCAGUUACAGGAACCUCCCAAAAUGCAAGUGCUACAGUAUUUCCACAGCUGUAUGAUUAUGUAGUAGACUUCCUUGAGUAUCCAAGAUUCCUGAAGCCUUCUCUGAACUUCAUUGGUAUGCUGAAAGUAAGAAGAACUGAUGAUAAUCCACUAACAUCUGAUGAACAAAAGAAUAAUGUCAUGAUCAUGGUCAGACAGCCAAAAACUGCUUAUCACAUGUAUGAUGAUGAAGAUGAAUUACAGAAAAAUAACACAGUUCAUAAGCUAAGUUAUCCUGUUCCAGAAAAUGGGGUUAUUCAGGUUGAGUUUCCAGUUUCAGCUGAUACAACAAUUUUGCAUAUUAAGGCCAAAUUUCUGGAGAGUCAAACUUCCAAAACAAUACAUGAUGUGUUCUACUCAGCCAGUUUGACUUAUCUCCAGAUUAAAAAAACCAAGGAUUUAAAAGUUGGGACACCCUUGGAACUCACUGUUCAAAGCAGCAUGCCCUUGAAUGAGAUCAAUUAUAUGGUAAUGUCCAGAGGUCAGAUUGUGGAUGCAGGGAAAAAGAAGACCACAAUGUUAAAUUUAACCCCAGAAAAUUCUUGGGCUCCCAUGGCUUGCAUAAUUGCCUUCUACGUGCAUGAUAAUGGGGAAAUAAUAAAUGAUGUUCUACAUAUUCCUGUUCAACCAACCUUUAAAAAUCAGAUUAAUAUGCAUUGGAGUAAAAAUAGAGCAGGGCCUGCUGAGGAUAUUACCCUCAAAAUCAAAAUGACAGAACCUCAAACCACAAUUGGACUUUUAGUUGUUGACAAAAGCACAAAUUUGCUGGGAAAAAGAAAUGAUAUCACAGAGGAUGCUAUAUACCAUGAGCUAAGUUUAUAUGAUACAAAGUCAUCUGAUGGGAAAGCUGGAAAUGCUUUCAGUGUCUUUCAGAAUAGCAAUCUCUGGAUAUUGACUGAUGCCAACCUUUCAGAACAUGUGGACUAUUUCGAUAUGAUUGUUUAUUCUGAUAUGGAUUAUGACCUGGAUAGCCUAUCUAUAUCCUAUAAAUAUAACCCGACACUGUAUGAUGGUGAUCCCUAUGUGAGGACCAAUUUUCCAGAGACUUGGCUUUGGCAGGAAAUCAUGACAAGAUCUACUGAAACAACAACAAAUGUUACCGUUCCUGAUACCAUUACAUCCUGGGUAACCAGCGCAUUUAUAGUAUCUGAAAAUCUUGGAUUGGGUGUGAUGAAAAUACCCUUUGAGUUAGAAGUCUUCCAGCCCUUUUUUGUUUCCUUAAACCUUCCUGCUAGUGUCAUAAGAGGAGAACAAUUUAUAUUAGAAGUAAACAUCUUCAAUUAUUUGAAAGAAAGCACUGAGGUUACAGUUACCCUUGACACAAGUGAUACCUUUGAAAUUCUUAUUUUCUCUAAUGAUAUAAAUGCCAUUGGAAACCAACAAUCUGUUUGGACACCAAGUGAAGAUGGGAAGACAGUCUUCUUCCCAGUUAAGCCAAAGCAGAUUGGAGAGAUUCCCAUCAGAGUGACAGCAACAUCAUCCAUUGCUUCAGAUGCUCUUCUCCAGAGACUAUUAGUGAAGGCUGAAGGAUUAGAACAAUGUUACUCAGAGACAGUUCUUUUGGACUUAACCAAAAGAACUAAUCUUACAGAAACUUUGAAUUUCAAUUUCCCCUCUGAUGUAGUUCCUGGCAGUGAAAGAGUGCAAGUCACAGUUACUGGGGACAAACUUAGUUCCUCUAUCAGUGGAUUGGAGUCACUGGUCAAGAUGCCUUAUGGAUGCGGGGAGCAAAACAUGAUUAACUUUGCACCUAAUAUUUAUAUUCUGGAUUAUCUGAGUAAAACAGGCAACCUGCAAACCAACUUCAAAUCAAAAGUUGUGUCAUAUAUGAGGGAAGGUUAUCAAAGAGAGCUUCUCUAUAAAAGACCUGAUGGCUCUUUCAGUGCUUUUGGAAAGAGUGAUCCCUCUGGGAGUACAUGGUUAUCAGCUUUUGUAUUAAGUUUCAUUCAAGCACAGCCAUACAUUGAUAUUGAUCCAUAUAUCCUGGAGAGAACAGCUGCUUGGAUUCUCAGUCAUCAGAAAUCCAGUGGAGAAUUUGAGGGCCCUGGAAGAGUUCUACAUACAGAACUGCAAGAAGGCACUAGCGGCUCUGUUUCGUGUACAGCUUAUAUUUUGACUGCUCAAUUAGAGUAUCAAUUCAGUAAGAAAGCACUGGACUUUCUUGAAUUUCAAUUAAGUGACAUAUUGGAUAAUCAUACGCUGGCUCUUGUGACUUAUGCAUUAUCGCUUGCUAAGAGUACAACAGCAAAGAGAGCUCUCAACAAACUGAAUGAGAGAUCAGAACGACGAGGAGAACUAAGGCUCUGGACAUCACCAUCUUCUGGACUGUCCAGUUCCUGGCAGCCACAUUCUGCAGAUAUCGAAGUUGCAAGUUAUGCUCUCUUGUCGCAUUUUAUUCAACAAAGACUAUUAGAGGGGAUUCCAGUUAUGAAAUGGCUAAGCAAGCAAAGAAACCACCUGGGAGGUUAUUCUUCUACACAGGACACUAUAGUAGCACUGCAGGCUUUGAGUACCUUUGCAACGCUUACAGCUGAUUCUGUGACAGAAAUAGAUGUUACAGUCAAUGGAUCCACAGAAGAUAAUCCAACUGUUUUCCAAAUUGAUCAUGAAAACUGUUUUAAAGAAAUAAGACUUUCAGCUACACAGCCUGUUAGAGUUACAAUUUCUGCAAAUGGCCAUGGUUUUGCUAUUUUUCAGCUCAAUGCUAUAUACAAUGUGAAAAGUUCACAUACUAGCAAAAGGCGUAGAUCUGCACAAAAUCAAGAAGCUUUUGACUUAAAUGUCUAUGUAAAGGAUGACAAAGAAGACAUAAAUAGCUUAAUUUUAAAUGUGUGUACCAGGUAUCUGGGUACUGGCUCAUCUUCAAGGAGUGGUAUGGCUCUCAUUGAGAUUGGACUACUGAGUGGUUUCUCUCUGUCACCCAGUUUUGUGUCGUUAGAUGACCCAGUUAAAAAGGUGGAAAAAGAUGAAGGAAAAAUCCAUUUAUAUUUGGACUCUUUAAACGAAACACAGGUUUGUGUGGAUAUUCCAGCUGUGAGAGACUUCAAAGUGUCAAAUACCCAGGAUGCUUCUGUGACUGUGAUGGAUUAUUAUGAACCCAGGAGAAGAGCAGUGAAAAGCUACAACUCCCUGGUGAUGCAGAGUUUGUCGUCUUGUACCUUCUGUGAAGACAAUGAAUGUAAUCUUUGUAAAACAGAUGGCUCUUCACCAGUUUCUCUCUUUUGAACUGUUAGUACUGCUAGUACUGUCAGCUUGCUAUGUAGCUGUCUAAUUUAAUAACUGGGUGACUGACCCUUACUGCACUUUUUAGAGUACUUUUGAUUGUAUCUUCCUGCACAAGGAGAGGUUUGGACCCUGUGAAAAUUGAGUUAUGGGUCUAGACUCUGUGCAAGAACUUGCAUCUCCAAAAUAACUAUAUAUAACUAUCAGGAAGGGUGAGUUCCCCAGAAGGGAAAACUUCAAGUCUGUACCAUUUUUAUUCUCACUGGCAUCUUCUAUACCAGUGUUUCUCACCCUUGGCAACUUUAAGAUGUGUGGAUUUCAACUCCCAGAAUUCCCCAGAUGGAAAAUCCACACAGCUUAAAAUUGCCAAGACUGAGAAACACUGCUCUUUACCUAUUAAAUGUUUAGGGACUUGCUGCAAAAUCUGAUAUACUGUAUGUUUACCUAGAAAUAAAUCUGAAUGGGCCUUACUUCUAAUAGGUGCAUAUAAGAUUGCAGCCUAAACUAUUUUGUCCAGUGAAUUAGGGGAAGAUCCAGAAUCUAAAGUUUGCUCUGAAUUAGUUAACGUUAAAUUAAAACAAAUUAAAUUGUUUUGUCAAAAACUUUAACCUUUUUUAAAAUUAAAACAUGUCUGAAUGUAUGAGGCCAAACUGAUAUGGAGGAAAAAAACUGAACCAGGGUGUAUAUAUUUUAUGCAGUUUCUUUAUUUUUAUAGUAAAUUUAAAAGUAUUUUUAAAGGAGUAUUUUAGUUUUAGUACUUUCAUAAUGUAUUAUUUAAGCCUUACAUCCAGUUUAGUUUAUAGUACAUUUUAGGCUAACAUUUAAUUUACAAGUGUUAUUGACUGUACUGGCACAGGAUUGAGUCUCACCUUCAAAGUGGUUUAAAUAAUUAGUACUUUGGACCAGAUUGCCAUUCAGUGUAAUGAUUACUUGUUUCCUAAAUCUAAAUUCCUCUUCUUAUAUGCAUAUGAUUGUACAAUGUGCACACAAGGAGAAGUAGUGAACUACAACUCAGACAAGACAAAACAUCUGGAGUUGCUUUCAAGCAGCUGGCCAUAAUUGAUACUUAAAUAGUCACAUCAUGAAAAAUGCUUAAACUGUGUUAAAAACAAAAUGUGCCUCAUUAUGUGUCUGAAUGCAUGUCUUUGUGUGUGUGUUAAAGGUAAAUAAACUGUAUGAAAGCAACUGAUUUAGAUCGCAUUUUGACUUUUUAGCUUGAAAUUUGGUAAGUAUUUUUUUAUAGUAUGAAAUUUAUUACUUGCCCUAUUUGUUACUAGGGAGUAAGAUAAGGCAGUUUAGUGGCUUGCUCCAAACUGAACCCAGCAUGAAUCUUGCCCUGCCAGUCCUGUGGAAAGAAACCAGAAGCUUUUAAACUAGAAGACUAGCCCCAUAUGUGCUCUAGCUCUGAGAAAUUUUGAUGCGGUACAACUCUGUGAUAGGUUGAUCUGAUAUAGAACACCUUCCAGAACAACAAAGAACAGCAGCCUAGGAACAAACAAAAUGCUGACAAAUAGGUUAGAUGGGUGGAAUCAAGUCUCUGUCAGUCUAAAUAAGAACAGAAAGAAGAGCAUGAAGACAAAUAUGUGGUGAAUAUUAAGAUUCAAGUAAGCGAACUUUCAGCAACUUUAGCUGCGUUACGUCUUAAGUGCGUAAGGUCAAUUCUUAGGGUUUUUGGCCUGCCUAUCUGCCUAUUUUUCUUGGCACUGUAUGCUCUAGUUUGAAUAUUAUAUUGAGUAGCCUUGGGGAAAGAGUGCAUGGAGUAAAGAUUACAUAAACACAUUUAGAAACACAGAUUUCUGUAUUCACAUAUGUAUACAUCUGUCUAACAUUGAAUGAAGAAAUGUGUGUUGUGGCUACAAGGAAAUAUAUGAUUAGGAUUUCAGGAUUUUGUACAUGUAUGUGGAGGCAGGGGUGCUUACUUAUGUUGUCAUUCCCUAUUAAACCAUAUAUUUCUUGGUGAAAAUUUAAAGUAUGC